CACUCAUUUUCGUCUCUUUUCAUCUAUCACCUUCUCAAGUAGUUGAAGAGACAGGAUCAUCUAACUUGGUAGGGGGUUUGCUGGUACUUGUUGUUUGUAGGAGGAAAAGUCGGUGUUUUAUUUUAUCAUUUCAAACGCGUUUUCAUCUCUUGCUGUUUUCCAACAAACACGUUUUGAUUAUUUUUUGUUUGGGGGUUUUGUGAUUAACUUGGCUUCUGGGGUUGGUGGUGGUGGUAGCAGCUAAGCAACACUCAAUCUUAGUCUUUCUGGGGUAUUUUGUUUUCAUACUUGGGAGUUGUUCUGUUCUGGCUCUGAUAUCUUGAGAUUUACAUUUCGGUAUGAGGAGAAGCUAGGCUCUUGGUUCACUCCAAAUUUCUGGCCAUAUAUUUCGAAGAUGGAAUCUGUUAAGCCGUCAGCAGUGACACCAAGCAAGAGUAAAUUGGCUCGCACAUUUGCCAAGGUUCUUCAUGUUAGAGCAGUCACUGGAAUUGCAAAAGUAGAUGGACUGAAGAAUGUUAAACUUGAUGCAAAUCUCAACGUUGAAGGAAAUAUGGAUAAGAGUACAAUAAACAAAGAAGAUGAAGAGCUUCAGAAAAGAGUGGUCAUAGAAGCGCUGCUGGCGAAAGUUUUUGCAAGCAUUUCAACUGUAAAAGCUUCAUAUGCUCAGCUUCAGUACGCCCAGUCUCCUUAUGACCCUGAUGGAAUUCAAGCUGCAGAUAAGUUCAUAGUCUCGGAGUUGAAGACCUUGUCUGAGCUUAAGCAAUGUUACUUUAAAGAACAAUUUGAUCCUUCACCAGAUAGAGCGAUUCUUGAAGCCGAAGCAAAAGAGCUGGAGAGUGUCAUCAAAACUUAUGGGAUCAUGGGGAAGAAGUUGGAAUCGCAGGCGCGGCUGAGGGAGUCUGAGAUUAUGUAUCUUAGGGAGAAGUUGGAGGAAGCUAAUAAGCAGAACAAGUCAAUUGAGAAGAAGUUAAAUCAAAGUGGGUCAUUAUCUGUGCUUGAUAAUCUCCAUGUUUCAGGUGUAAGUCCUAGCCAUUUUGUUACUCUUCUUCGCCACGCAGUUAGAUCCAUUAGAAGUUUUGUGAAGUUGUUAGUGAAUGAGAUGAGAUCUGCUGGUUGGGAUAUUGAUGCUGCGGUCAAUGCUAUUGAGAAGAAUGUGGUUUACUGGGAAGAAGAUCACAAGUGUUUUGCAGUUGAGUCCUUUGUUUGCAGGGAGAUGUUUGAUUCUUUCAACUCUCCCAAUUUCUCUCUUCCUAACGAGUCUCUGCCGGAUGGAAGCAAGCGACAAUUGUUCUUCGGGAGGUUCAGCGAGCUGAAAUCCGUGAAAGCAAAGGAGUUUCUCGCCAUGCAGCCGAGAUCAACAUUCGCGAAAUUCUGCAGGAUCAAGUACUUGAGACUAGUUCAUCCCAAGAUGGAGGCCUCGUUUUUCGGUAACCUGAGCCAGAGGAACCUGGUAAAUGCUGGGGAAUUUCCUGAUACAAGCUUCUUCACAUCGUUUGCUGAGAUGGCAAAGCGAGUGUGGCUCCUGCAUUGCUUGGCUUUCUCCUUUGAGCCUCAAGCAUGUGUGUUUCAAGUGGGGAAGGGUUGCAGAUUCUCUGAUGUGUACAUGGAGAGUGUGAAUGAUGAAAUGCCAGUGGAAUCUGAGCCACAUGUUGCUUUCACUGUGGUUCCAGGGUUUAGGAUUGGUAAAACAUUUUUACAGUGCCAAGUUUACCUAUCACAGCAGCACCAAGAAAAGGUAAAAAAAUUCACUUCUGCAAAGCAAAGGUAGGUGGUAGCAGCAACUAGUCUUUGAUCAGGCACUGACCCCACAACACUGCUAAGCCAAUGUUUUUUAGUUGAACUUUUAGAUGUGCUGUGCUAUAGCUGUGAUGUGGGGACUGGCCUCUGGCAUGAUUCAAUGGGGGAAUCUUUGUGCAUUUGUAUUUUGGCCAUUUUGAAAAGAAAAGCGCGUUGCAUUGGGAACUGCCCUUUUCUUCAGAAUGUUUUUAUUUUAUCCAGUUUAAUCAAAGACAUGCCCCCUCAAGUUUUGUUGAUAUUAGGCCAGUGACAGGGAUUGUCUUGUUAUGACUCAUGCAUGUGUUUACCUGAUAUUGUGUUAUUGUACAUAAUAAUGUAGGUGGUAGUUCUGUUUUAACUUUUAA